AUGAUUUGUUAUUUAAUAAUCGGAAAGAAACACAAAGAUGCCAUCUUGUUGGGAAAGUAUGAUGAAAAGUGUGAGGAUUGUACUCUGAGAUUCAUGUUGGAAAAGUGUGAUUAUAAACGUGUUUUGGAAUGUGAGGAAAAAGGUGAUACAACAGAAUUGUUGGAGAGUAUUAAAAAUUUUGAAAGGAAGAGAUUUCAAUAUGAAGAUGAAUGGGAUAAGGAAAUGGAAAAUAAUACAUGUUUUAAAUGUCAAAAAUUAAUUGCUGAUAAUAGUAUUAGAAGAAGAGUGUGGCUUGCUUUAUUACGGAUAAAACAAGUUGAUUUGGAUCAUUAUGUGACACUUGUAAAACAAGGAUCACAAGCUGAGGACUAUGAAUCUUUCUUGAGAGAUGUUGAUAGAACUAUUGGAUAUUUUCCUGUAUGUACAAUAUAUUUGGAGAAUGUUCUGACAUAA